AUGGGGGAGUCAUCCCAGGAGAGAAGAGGGGCCGAUGUCAUCACUGUACACCCACACGAAACUGUAUUGGCAGCACUUCCCUUCGGGCCUCAUGUCUCUCUGCUGGAUUUCCUAAAGGGAGAGCCAAAAAUCUUGGGGGGUAUCCAGAUCUUGCUUGCUCUGAUCAUGGUGGGCCUUGGAACUGUACUUCUAUUUGGUUACAUCAGUUUAUCUAAAAUAUUCCCCCUCGUUUUCCUCUCGGGAUAUCCGUUCUGGGGAGCAUUUAUUAUCCCAGGUAUCGUUACCAUGAAUGUCAUCAGUUCCGCGGUGGCAGUGACCGGGAUUGCUCUCAUCCUCAUCAGCUUCACACACCAACACAAGUUCUGCCAGAUGCUUUCCCUUGAUGGAUCAUGUGUCCUCGGUAAAACAUUUUUCAUUGGAAUUUUGUCAAUCUUAUUAAUUAUCACCAUAGCAGAGCUUGGCAUCUCUGUGACUAUCGCAUCCUUCAGAAGCAAGUUAUGGACAAGUUCAGAUGAGGUUGUGUUUUUCUUACCUUCAGAUGUUACUCCAAAUAGUGAACAACUUGACCCAGAAGAAAAUACUGUAUUACAAUUUGAGCUUCAAGAAGAAUCUCCUAGGAUUGAUAGGACAUUAAACAGACAAACUGUUUUUAUUGGAGGCUAUUCUUUCUUCAAGUUAAGGGUUUUAAAAAGUCCUUUAGUCCACCAUUGCAUGUUACCAACAUGUAAUAAGUACAAGGGUAGUAAGAGCACAUCCUCUGCACCUAUUCCAGAGGAGGAUAAUCUGAAUGAUCAAGACAUGCAAUAUGUUAUGACACAAUCCACCCAAACAGAAACUCAGUUACCUCAGAAAAAAGCCUUACCCACCAAAGAUUUUCUAGCCCUGCCCGUGCAAACAGUCCAAGCUUUGCCUGCUGAUGACUUGCCAUCUCAGGCUCUACUAAUAGAAGCCCCUCCUGAGCCAGUUAUGCUAUAUGCAACCCCACCAUCACAUAUCAGCCAAUCUCUCGAUCUGACAUUUGAAGACAUGCCCUCUCAAGAUGUGCUCACCGAAGAAAGACCAUCCCAAGACACAAUUUUCCAAGAGAUAACAUCCACACAAACAACAUCGCAAGACAUGGUCUACAAUGCUCUGUCAGCGCAAGCCACCCCAUCCUACUCCAUAAGGUCCUCUAAGAUAAAACAGCCAUCCCAAGAUCUUGAACCACAAGGCAUUCCCCCUCAACGCCAGCAAUCUUUAGAAAUGCUAUAUAGAGACAUUCGAGCAGAAGUCAUGGAACAGACCCGGGAAUGGAAAUCUCAGGACCAACACCCAAGACACUUUUUCUCAUUCCAUAAACCCAAAGAUGGGAAGCACCGAAAGAGAUUUUCCUUAGAACUUUCAGGAAAAAGCAAGCAAUCCCCAAGGAGAUAUUCUUUAGACCUACAAAGCAAAGGUAGACAGCCUCUAAAACGGAAAUCCCUAGACCAGAAAAUCAAAGCCUGGCUAUCUGCAAGGAGGCAGUCUCUAAAAAAGCAAGCUAAAUAUACCCAAACCACAGAACAAUUCUCAGAGGAGUCAGCUGAACAUCUUCAGACAGAAGGGAAGCCAUUCCCGAAGGAACAAUCCAAACAUAGAGAAGAUAAAGAACAGCAGGUGGCUAUGGAGCAAAUCCCUAAGAAACAAACUCAAGUCAAACAAGCUGAAGAUCAGCAGGUUCAAGAGGAAGAAUCCCCAAAGGUACAAUCUCAAAAUAGGCAAGCUAAUACCCAGAAAGUUCAAAUAAGGAAACCUUUAAAGCAGAUGUACCAAGAUUCGGACACCUCAAGCCAGGAACACAAAGAUGGGCAAUUCCUCCCAAAGCCAUCUCUGCAAUGUAGAAAACAGAAUUGGCAAAACUUUAACCAUCAAUCUGAAGACUGGAGAGGUCAAGGUAGGAGAAACAAAGAUUGGAUAACACGAGACUGGCAAUCAGAAAAGCAGCAUGCCCUACACCAGAAGACCCUAGAGAUUUUAGAGAAACCAUCUCUAAAACAGAAAGGUCUGUGCCAGGAAAUCCCAUCCCAGGGCACUCCAGCCCAAUAUAACCUAAGCAGGCAAUUUCAAGGUAAAGACCAAAAAGAGACUCAGUCCAAAGUUGCACUAAAAGAAGAUAAGCCAAUAAAAGACAUCAAAGAAGGGAAACCAACGAAUCUGCAACUAGAAGAAAUGAACCCAGAUUUCCAACCUUCUUCUAGCCACAGUUUAGUACAAGACACAGAUUUAAACUAUUUGUCCAACAUAGAUUCAGAACAAGAGGUACAGCAUUAUGCUUCAGCUAGCUCAAACUCAUACAAAGAUUUGAAUAUAACUUCUAGCUCAUGUUGGUCAGAAGAUCAACCGCAAUCUGAAGAGUCUGACUAA